AUGUUGCAAAGACGGCUGAAAUCGCCUGUGGGAUGCAACAAGAGACGACUUGGCACGUCAUCGGCGAACAACGGUGCUCACUCUACCGCCCGCCACCUCCUUCUCCCCUCCCAAUCCAUCCCUCGACCCGCGCACAAUCUGCUUCGGCCGUCUCUGCGCUUGCGCAACCACGUGACGCAGUCGCCAACAAUCGGCAGCGGCUACUCGCUCCCUUUGAUCGUCUCAUCCAUCAAUUCCUCUCUUCAAACAUCGCCUGCGCAAGCGUUCUUAAAGUACUCUGAUGCCUCACCUACGCCCUUUCAUGCAACUGCCGUGAGCGCUGCCUUGCUCGAAAAGGACGGUUUCGUGCGGCUCAAAGAGCAGGACGCAUGGGACGGGAAGAUCGAAGCGGGCGGAAAGUACUUCUUCACACGCAAUCAAAGCGCCAUCGUGGCCUUUGGCGUCGGCAAGCAGUUCCAGCCCGGCGUAUCCGGAGUUCACCUCGUGGGCGCCCAUACCGAUUCGCCCAACUUUCACAUCAAACCCGUCAGCAAGCGCACCAAGGAAGGCUACCUGCAAUGCGGAGUGGAGACCUAUGGUGGAGGCCUGUGGUCCACCUGGUUCGACAGGGAUCUUUCUUUGGCUGGAAGAGUCAUUGUCGCUACGACUGCUUCACAAAACGCCUUUGAGAGCAGACUGGUCAAGGUGGACAGGACACUCCUUCGCAUUCCUACACUGGCGAUUCACCUCAAUAGAAGCGCAAACGAUGCUUUCAAGUUCAACCAAGAGACCGAAAUGGUUCCCAUCCUAGGACUUGCGGACAAGGCCAAGGAGGCACUCAAUGCUCCUGCAAAAACGGACGAGGAUGCUAUUACAGGAGAGCCAAGAAUGCAAGAAAAGCAUCACUCGAUGCUCUUGGAGCUGCUGGCUGGCGAGCUGGGGGUGCAAGUGGAGCAAAUUCAGGAUUUCGAACUGAGCUUGUACGAUACUCAGAAAGCUACGAUUGGUGGCCUGAAUGACGAGUUCAUACACGCUGCAAGGCUGGAUAACCAGAUGUCCUGCUUCUGCGCUACGACGGCGCUGAUUGAGGCUACGCGCGGGGGAUCGCUGUCCAACUCUUCCUCUAUUCAAGCGAUUGCGCUCUUUGACAACGAGGAGGUGGGAUCGGUAUCGACGCACGGAGCCGAGUCGAACAUGUUGAGCUCCACAGUUCGAAGAUUAGGAAGCAUGUCCAUUUUGGGCCUGGAGUCGAUCAAAAACGAGGACCACUUGCAUCCCACCAAUUACGAGCGGUCAAUCUCGAAAUCAUUCCUCAUCAGCUCGGACAUGGCGCACGGUUUCCAUCCCAACUACUCUUCCUUCUACGAGGACAAUCACAGACCGAAGAUCAACGGAGGGGUAGUGAUCAAGACGAACGCAAAACAACGCUACGCUUCUACUGCACCCACCACCUUUCUGAUUCGAAGAAUUGCGAAAUUGGCCAGUGUGCCAUUGCAAGAGUUUGAAGUGAGAAACGAUAUGCCGUGCGGAAGCACCAUUGGACCUAUGAUGAGCAAAACGGGAAUCAGGACGGUAGACCUUGGCAGCCCCCAACUUUCUAUGCACUCCAUCAGGGAAACUUCAGGGACCAAGGACGUUAAGUACAAGAUUGACCUCUUCGCUGGAUUCUUUAGGGACUUUGACAAAGUCGACAGUGAACUCGUGGUCGAUUGAUGUCUCCGCCUCAUCCUACCCCUCGCAUGUGGAAUGCCAUCAUCGCCAUGCACUGCUCAGAAUUAUGCUGCGCAUCCGGCUCGCUGGCUGUUGUCCCGUCUUACACAAAGCCCUAGCGCGGCCCGCGAACCUA